GUGAAGAUAAAAGUGACGAACCAAAAUGCGCUGAGAAUGUAUUAUGCGAGGGUCACCCCGAUAAGUAUGUCAAGGACACUACUCUUCCGACUGGGAGUCAAACCGUAAACGACCAGUGCAUACCUGAGACCACGCAAUGCCUUCAAGCUCGACCUCCGUGCAGGAAUCAGUCUGCCACUAGCCCCAUGUCGGGCCCGGCCGACAGUUUGGCAAACCAGUUUGCUCUAGAACACCCGUCAGUCCUCGCCGUGGACGAGAGCCUAAACUUAUUCCUUGAGUACGAGCAGGCCACAUCCCAAACACGAGAACCCUCACCAGAGCUGGAGCAUUGUAAUUAUGUCACCGAGUCUAAAAUAAAUCAGCGACCUGAAAUUUCAAGGGAAAGGACGGGAAAAGAGACCGAAC